AUGGACCUUUUUGAUUAGUUUUAGAGAUUCAAGACUACCUUGAAGACUCAAAUUGAGCAUCGACCUCAUUCUCAACAAAGGAACACUGUGCUAAAAACCAAAUUUAAUUAAUCAACACUUUAGACAUAAUAAUAAUAAUAAGUAUAAGAUGUGCAAAGGAAAAAAACAUUGUAACAUCAUAGAAGUUCUACUCUAUUUAGUGCUGCUAAAGAGAAUUAGGAUAAAGUGUAAAAGCAACAGUAACAAUAACAAAGAUUUACAAUGGUGCACAAAUAGUUGCCUGAAGUAUUACCGAUAUGUCCGAUAUUUUAAUUGAUUGUAGUGAGGGUUAAAUAAACUCGUUAUCAACCUAAUAUGUCGAAGAGUUAGUUAAAUUAUCAAGCAUUAUUAUGUAUAAAGUGA